AUGCAACGCUCGAGAUCACCAUCGACGAAUUCAGAUUCAGAUACUUCCGCGACCACAGUCACGUCUACUUCCGCGCCGGGACUUGCCACGAUCAUACAAUCCUCGGCCAAGCACCCCCCCAUCCUAACUGCUGACAAGAUCACUCCUGCUGUUGCUCAUGCGUGGGAGAACGCCUGCCUCCAGUAUUUCAAACACAACGAUGUCACCAAUGAUAAGAAGGUGGCCAAGGUUACGGGCAGCUUCCAGGACGCUAUCAUUAGUGACUGGUAUUACAAUGACUUCGACACAUUCGACGCGAUGAUGUGGAAAGAUUUCCUUGCUGCUUUCUGUUCUCGCUUCCUCCCCAAAGGCUGGGAUGCAGCCAUUCCGAUGCAACUACUCCGCGCUCAUCAGAAGGAAGAUGAGAGUUUCGAAGAUUGGGUUCUCAGCAUCGAGAAGCUGAACAUCACUCUCCGCGGUACAACCUCUCAUCUUGAUGAUGCCCGCCUCUGUGCCCAGAUCUCUGCCAACAUCUGCGAGGACCUUCAGUUCACCUGCAAUGAAGACGAGGUCAAGACCAUAGCCUCGUUCAAGGACUGGAAAGACAAGCUCACCCAGCUCGACACCAUCCGUAUGCACAAAUGA